ACCUCGUCAAUGCAUCUGGCCAUGUCCAAGAACUUGACCGGAGCUUCGGGUAGGUGUUGGUGAAGGUCAUUGUGAUUGAUCAUUGUCGCCAUUCCCAACAGGCAACAGCCAUUGGCCUAGCCGAAGAUGUCCGAGCAUCUUAAACAUAGUCAACGGCCUCCGGACGGUGUAAAGCACCCGUCGUUCGUCCCAGCAAUGCUACACAACCACACGUCGCCUAUCUGAGCGAAAGCAGCACGAGCAUAACACAUGGAAUAGGAAGCUAGGCGGCAAUAAUCAUGACUCUGACCGUUGCGGAUUCUGAAGGAAAAGCCUGCUAACAAUGGCUUUCGCUGUGAUAUAGGUUCUGGAGCAUCGCAGGCAUGGCUGUCCUGUCCGACAACGCCUGGGGUGCAGGAGGCGGUUCGCUUGUCCUCGCACUGUACAACGGAGGAGGUCCAGGUGUGAUGUACGGCCUGAUCGCGGCGGUCCUCUUCUACGCCACAAUCGCUGCUUCACUUGCUGAGCUUGCUUCCGCGCUUCCCUCUUCCGCGAACGUAUAUCACUGGUCUUCGGUUACGGCUGGCAAGUAUGGCAAGGUUGUGAGCUUCUACGCCGGCUGGUGGAACUUCCUGGCCUGGAUCUUUGGCACCUCAAGCACCAGCCUCUUCGCCGCAGAGACCAUCAUAGCGCUAUACAGCACCUAUCAUCCAGAGUAUGCGUUGCAGCGAUGGCACAUCUUCAUCUGCUAUGUCGUGGUCACCUGGAUCAACCUAUCAAUAGUGCUAUUUGGACAGCGCUUCCUUGCGAGAACAGUUACAGCUAUGGGCGUACUGCUAAUGCUCCUAUGCUUGAUCACGACGUUGGUACUUGCAAUCAUGCCGAGUCAAACUGGACAAGGCUACGCUAGCAACAGUUUUGUCUGGACGGACUUUCAGAACCUUACAGGCUGGAGCAGCAACGGUUUUGUCUUCCUGAUGGGCAUAUUGAACGGGGCAUAUGCCAUAGGAACUCCGGACGGUGUGUGCCACCUGUGCGAAGAGAUACCGAACCCCAGGAGAAACAUACCGUACGGUAUCCUGGCCCAGAUGACGAUCGGCGCAAUCUCGACGUUUGUGUUCUACAUUGCUGCUCUUUAUGCCGUAACGGACCUGAACGCCGUCUUCGAGUCGACUAUCGUUGGCUUGCCGCUGGCUGCAAUGUUUCAACAAGCCAUGGGAACAUCUGGCGGCACGUUUGGACUCCUGUUUCUUUUCCUGCUGGACCAGUUUGUGAACCUCUUGGGUGCCUACAUCACGGCAGGUCGAAUGCUCUGGACGCUCGCGCGUGACGAUGCUACACCGUUCAGCCCCUGGCUCCGGCAAGUCUCACCUCAAUGGCGGAAUCCUUUCCAUGCACAGUUGGUAUGCGGUGUGCUAGUAACGAUCGUUGGCGCAAUAUAUGUCGGGAACGCCACCGCGUUCACGGCGUUUGUAGGCAGCUUCGCCAUCUUUACCUGCGCAUCAUACUGUGCAGCCAUACUGCCGCACAUACUCAGCGGUAGGAAAAACCUUAGGCCUGGUCCGUUUUGGAUGCCGGAUUCGAUCGCCUACCCAGUAUCAGGCACUGCAUGUGCGUACAUUAUCGUCUUCAGCGUCAUAUAUAUGUUUCCAUACGUCAAUCCCGUAGAUGCGGAGACCAUGAACUAUGCCGUUGCCAUGACCGGCGGCUGUACGAUACUAUUGACACUGUGGUAUCUGUACAAGCGCACCCGAGGCUACGAGGGACCAAAUGUGGUUCUCGACGCAAGGGAUGAUAUUCUGAAAGGGGUCGUUGGCUUGACUGCGGAACAAGAGAAGGCUUUAAGAAUGCGCGGUAUAAAUUAAAGUCGAGAAAUCAUCAGAAGUGGACGGUUUUCGCUGCGCUGUCAUGCUCGAAUGCCAACCAGUCUCAAUACAGCAGGCGAGUCUUCCGGUUCGUGGAAUGGCCGUGUACGGUUGGCCGGAUCUACACUGCCAUCUGGCCUUCGUGGAAGUGCAAACUUGUAGUCCUUACGCUCGGCCGGAAUAACAUUUUGGUUCUACACAUACAGUGUGUCAGCUCCGUAGUACAGCCUCGGAUUAAAUACUGUCGAUUUUGCUCACGGGCCAGUGUGUGGUGCCUUUUCGAGCUUCGAACACUCUUUGCUUCUCCUGAAGAUCCUCGGC